UUCGUCGCCUUAUCGAUACUUUCUUCCACAUUCCACACUCAAUUGCUCAUCGACACCAGGCUAAUAAAUCGGAGAGAUUCCUUGGUCCACAAACAAAGCAUGCGACCAGACGGCCCCCGAGAUCCCGUUGCCGGGCCAGACAGUGGCCCGAAGCCUCCGUUUCCCAUCAAGUUAUCUGGCCCAGUGAUCAAAGGAUUUGGGCGGGGAAGCAAAGAGUUGGGCAUCCCCACGGCCAAUAUCCCUCCAGAUGGCUUAUCGGACUAUCCCGACCUACAAGUUGGGGUGUAUUACGGAGUGGUCGCGCUGGAUCCAACCAAGUUUGCCUACGAUGGCAAGACGUCGGAGGCGACGAUCCUUCCAGCAGUACUGAGUAUCGGAUACAAUCCCUUUUAUAAGAAUACUACUCGAUCCGUGGAAAUCCACAUUAUGCCUCCCCUCUCAUCACCGUCACCGACCGCGAACAGCGAUGUGGGCCAAGUGAAAUUUAAUAAACUACCUGACUUCUACGGCACGAAGCUGAACUUGUUGAUUCUGGGGUACAUCCGCCCGGAGUAUGACUAUGUAUCGCUAGAGGCUUUGGUUGAGGAUAUUCGGAUUGACUGUGAGGUUGCGCGCCAGAGUCUCCAGCGAGAGGCAUAUGUUAGCUAUCUUUCUGGGGAGGAUUGUCUGGAAGGGGUACAGGGGCAGCGGAGAUGGUUGGUUAGUUUUUAGAGCUUGGGUUACCUUUUUAUUUUCUAUUUUCUUCUUUCUUCUCUCUCUCUCUCUUUUUUUUUUGGAGUGUAUUAGUAUGUAUUCUCUCCCUCCCUCUCUUUUUCUGUUUGCGAUUUUGAGAUAGACUUGCAUUCAUCGGUGGCGUAGGUGGAUAGACAGUAUUCGACGUCAACAUACAUAGCGUACUGAUGCAUGGACAUAAAUGGUUAUAAAAUUUAAUAAAGUCAACCAAGUAAAUAAAUUAAUAAAAAUCAGCCCUACCUUGGCAACGGGAACAUCGGUUCCUCUUGC